AUGGCCCUCAAGGUGCUGCCCCUCGUCCUGGCUCUCGCACCUGUGACCUGCCUGCCGACAGCCCUGGUCUAUGAGUCGACCACGUACUUGGCGCAGCUGUCAAGCGCUGUUGCGGGCAAGGUUGGCCUGCGCCACUGCCCCUGUGAACUUUCUGAAGAUGACAGGGAGGGUGUGGUGGCGGUGGUGGGAAUGCCUCGGAACAUCACCAUUCUGAAGCAGCUGCCACAACUGAAGCUGGUCCAGAGCUCCAGCUAUAUGUAUCCUUGCCUGUCCACGGUGCCAACUCAAGCAGCUGUUGCCAAAAUCGACGUGAACUGGACCUCCUACGGUGCGGAGCCGAUCGCGGAGUUCGUCAUCGCCGCGGUCUUUCACUGGAGCUACGACCUGAGCGCCAAGUCGGCGUUGUUCGGCUGCGGCUUUGGCCUCGGGGCCCCGGGCGGUUGCCCGGCGGACUCCGUGCUGACCUCGCACCCGACGGUGAUGGGGAAGCGGAUGGGCGUGGUGGGCUACGGGACCAUCGGGGAGGCGGUGGUGAAGCGCGCCUUUGCCAUGGGCAUGGAAGUGCUGGCGAGCCGCCGGCACGGGCCCUUCUCGUUGUGGCUCAUCAGCGACACAGACCGCGUCUUGGCGGAGAGCGACUUUGUGGCCGUGACAGUCCCAGGCUCGGUGAAGGGCUUGAUUAACAAAACCUCACUGGCGCUCAUGAAGCCGGGGGCCGUUCUGAUCCCCAUCUCCGCCAACCCGGUGGACUUUGAUGCGCUCUACCAGGCGCUGCUGACUCGCUCCAUUGGGGCGGUGCUGGACGUUUGGCCGCAGGGCUGCUGGCACUUUCCUGACAUGUUCUGUGGGCCGCCCUACUCCAAGGAGGCGCAGCCCUACCCGCAGAACAUCCGCAGCCUGUCGAACGUGCUGACGCUGCCAGGCGUGGCUAUGCGGGAUGACCGGUUUUGGUCAAACAGCGCAGCCUUUGCUGGCAAGAACCUCGUUGCCUUGGCGAACGGCUCCAGCUUGCAAGGCGUUGUGCGAAAUGCCUCGGCUGCGAGGGCCGAACUCAUUUGA